AUGAAAUAUGGACUAAAUCCUGAAGCUACUGUUUCUGUAAUUUUAACAAAAUCACUGGGCGUUUUUUACCUUCGCGUUCGCGACAGGGGUGUCGCGUUCGCGAAGAAAGAGGACUGGGAACAUCGCGUUCGUGGAAGACUUAUCGCGAACGCCCUAGGAGAACACGAGGAUCAUCUCAGGACUGUGAUGCCGACAUUGCGAGAACAUCGGCUUUAUGCUAAGUUCUCGAAGUGUGAAUUCUGGCUAGACUCGGUAGCAUUUCCGGGGCAUGUUGUAUCCAAAGAUGGAGUUAUGGUAGAUCCUAAGAAGACAAAAGUUGUGCAGAAAUGGCCCAGGCCUACUUCUCCUACAGAGAUUCGCAGCUUUUUAGGCUUAGCAGGCUAUUACAGGCGUUUUGUGCAGGAUUUCUCCAGAAUAGCAGUGCCACUGACCAAGCUAACACAGAAAAAUGCAAGGUUUCAGUGGACGGAGGAAUGUGAGCAGAGCUUUCAAAAACUUAAUACAUGUUUGGCAAUUGCACCAAUAUUAGCCUUACCAUCAGGUUCCGGAGAAUUUACGAUGUUUUGUGAUGCAUCGAGGCGCAUUAAGGCCACCCAAUAUGAGGAUGAGCGAUUUUGCAAAUAUAGAGAUGAGGCCUUAGCUGGUAAAAGAAAGGAUAUGAUUGUUGACAGUGAUGGUAUUCUUCGAAUGGGUGACAGGCUAUGUGUCGCGGUCAUAGAUGGGUUGAGGCAUGUUAUUCUUAAAAAAGCUCACAACUCUAGAUACACUAUACAUCCUGGAUCCACAAAAAUAUGUCAUAACCUAAAGCAAUUUUAUUGGUGGGAAGGUAUGAAGAAAGAUGUUGCUAACUUUGUUCCUAAUUGUUUGACUUGUCAGCAGGUCAAGGCUGAGCAUCAGCGACCCGCAGGACUACUACAACAAAAUGAGAUUCCAGAAUUGAAAUGGGAAAGAAUUACUAUGGAUUUUGUCACCGGGCUACCACGAGCCCUUAGAGGUUAUGACUCUGUAUGGGUGAUUGUAGAUCGAUUGACAAAAUCAACACACUUUUUACCAGUGAAGACAACAUAUAGUGGAGUAAGAUAUGCACAGAUAUUUAUGAACGAAAUUCUCCGACUUCACGGAGUUCCAAUAUCCAUCAUCUCUGAUAGAGGAUCACAAUUUACCUCACGAUUUUGGAAAUCUUUUCAAGAAGCAUUGGUUACACGAGUAGAUCUUAGUAUUGCAUCUCAUCCACAGAUAGACGGGCAGUCAGAACGUACUAUACAAAUCUUGGAGGAUAUGUUGACAGCUUGUAUUCUUGAGUUUGGAGGUAGUUGGGACGCUUAUCUACCUUUUGCCAAAUUUGCUUAUAACAAUAGCUUCCAGUCCAGUAUUCAAGUGGCACCGUACGAAGCAUUGUAUGACACAUCUCAGGUGCUUGAAGCACCUGCUAUACCGCUUGAUGAGAAGUUGUCUUACGAGGAUGAACCGAUGGCUAUUGUUGAUAGGCAAGUAAGAAAGCUACGAUCAAAAGAGAUUGAGUUCGUAAAAGUCUUACGGCGAAAUCAUAUAGUUGAAGAAGCUACUUGGGAAAUAGAAGAUGUUAUGCGAGUCAAGUACCUCCAUUUGUUUCAGUCUACAGGUACGUACUUGAGUUAA